GUUGUGGGAGUAGGAUGGCCAGAGCUUUGUGUUCACUGCAUGCCUUCUGGCUUCUGGAGUGGGCACCACUGCUCUUGGGACCUAGUGCUGCCCCAAAAGCCUUGGCCUUGAACCUGGACCCUGUGCGACUCACUUUCUAUACAGGCCCCAAUAGCAGCCACUUUGGAUUUUCAGUGGACUUUCACAAGGACAACCAAGGAAGAGUGGCCAUAGUGGUGGGCGCCCCGCGGAACCUGGGCCCAAGCCAGGAGGAGACUGGCGGCGUGUUCCUGUGCCCCUGGAGUGUUGAAGGAGGCCAGUGCAACUCGCUAUCCUUCAAUUUCAGGGAUGAGAUCCGAAAUAUUGGCUCCCAAACAUUCCAAACCUUCAAAGCCCGGCAAGGACUUGGGGCGUCGGUGGUCAGCUGGAACGACAUAAUUGUGGCCUGCGCCCCCUGGCAACACUGGAACGUCCUAGAAAGGACCCAGGAAGCUGAAAAGACGCCCGUAGGUGGCUGCUUCGUAGCUCAACUUCAAAGCGGCGGCCGCGCUGAAUACUCACCCUGUCGGUCCAACACCAUGAGCAGGGUUUAUGUAGGAAAUUUUGGCGGAGACAAGCGAUACUGUGAAGCGGGCUUCAGCUCUGUUGUAACCCAGGCUGGGGAGCUGGUGCUUGGGGCCCCUGGCGGCUAUUUUUUCGUAGGUCUCCUGGCCCGGGCUCCAAUUGCCGAUAUUAUCUCAAGUUACCGCCCGGGCACCCUUUUGUGGAACGUUCCCACCCAGAGUUUUACCUACGACUCCAGCAAACCAGAGUGUUUCGACGGCUAUCGGGGGUACUCAGUGGCGGUGGGAGAGUUCGACGGGGAUCUGAACACUACAGAGUAUGUCUUCGGUGCCCCCACUUGGAGCUGGACCUUGGGAGCGGUGGAAAUUUUGGAUUACCACUACCAGACCCUGCACCGGUUGCACGGAGAGCAGAUGGCUUCUUAUUUCGGGCAUUCUGUGGCCGUCACUGAUGUCAACGGGGACGGGAGGCACGACCUGUUGGUGGGCGCUCCACUGUAUAUGGAGAGCCGGGCCGAUCGCAAGCUGGCCGAGGUGGGACGCGUGUAUUUGUUCCUGCAACCGCGAGGCCCCCAGGCGCUGGGUGCUCCCAGCCUCCUACUAACCGGCACACACCUCUAUGGGCGAUUUGGCUCGGCUAUUGCACCUCUGGGCGACCUCAACCGGGAUGGCUACAAUGAUGUUGCCGUGGCUGCCCCCUAUGGGGGUCCUAGUGGUCGGGGCCAAGUGCUGAUUUUCCUGGGUCAGAGUGAGGGGCUGAGCUCACGCCCUGCCCAGGUCCUGGACAGUCCCUUCCCCACAGGCUCUGGCUUUGGCUUCUCCCUUCGAGGUGCCGUCGACAUAGACGACAAUGGAUAUCCAGACUUGCUGGUGGGAGCCUAUGGGGCCAGCAAGGUAGCUGUGUACAGAGCUCAACCGGUGGUGAGGGCCACUGUCCAGCUGCAGGUACAAGACUCACUGAAUCCUACUGUGAAGAACUGUGUUCUGGAGCAGACCAAAACACCAGUGAGCUGCUUCAACAUCCAGAUAUGUGUGGGUGCCACUGGGCACAACAUUCCUCAGAAGCUGCAUAUAAAUGCUGAACUGCAGCUGGACCGGCAGAAGCCCCGCCAGGGCCGGCGGGUGCUGCUGCUGAACUCUCAACAGGCGGGCAUUACCUGGAGCCUGGACCUGAGUGGAAGGCACAGCCCCAUCUGCCGCACCUUUACAGCCUUCCUUCGAGAUGAGACAGAUUUCCGGGAUAAGCUGAGCCCUAUUGUGCUCAGCCUCAACGUGUCCCUGCCACCUGAGAAGACUGGAGUAGCUCCUGCUCUCGUGCUACAUGGAGACACGCAUGUCCAGGAGCAGACCCGCAUCAUCCUGGACUGUGGGGAAGAUGACCUGUGUGUGCCCCAGCUUCAGCUCACUGCCAUGGUGGUGGGCUCUCCACUCCUAAUUGGGGCUGAUAAUGUGCUGGAGCUACAGAUGGAUGCAGCCAAUGAGGGUGAGGGGGCUUAUGAGACAGAGCUGGCCGUGCACCUGCCCCAGGGAGCCCACUACAUGCGGGCCCUCGGCAACCUGGAGGGCUUUGAGAGGCUCGUUUGCAACCAGAAGAAGGAGAACGAGACCAAGGUGGUGCUGUGUGAGCUGGGCAACCCCAUGAAGAAGAACACCAGGAUAGGAAUCACGAUGUGGGUGAGUGUGGAAAACCUAGAAGAGGCUGGAGAACAUGUGUCCUUCCAGCUGCAGAUGAGAAGCAAGAACAGCCAGAAUCCGAACAGUGAGAUUGUGCUGCUGGAUGUGCCAGUCUGGGCAGAGGCCAGAGUGGAGCUUCGAGGGAACUCCUUCCCAGCCUCUCUGGUGGUGGCAGCAGAAGAAAGUGACAGGGAGCAGAACAGCUUGGAGAGCUGGGUCCCCAAAGUGGAACACACCUAUGAGCUCCAUAAUAAUGGUCCUGGUACUGCGAAUGGCCUCCGCCUCAGCAUUCAUCUCCCUGGCCAGUCCCAACCCUCGGACCUGCUCUAUAUCCUGGAUAUACAGCCCCAGGGGGGCCUCCUGUGCUCCUCAGAACCUUCUCCCAACCCCCUCAAGCUGGACUGGAGGCUGCCCACGCCCAGCCCUUCCCCCACUCAACCGGUCCAUCACAAGCGGGAACGCAGACAGGCCUUACUGCCAGGGCCCAAGCAGCCUGGAGAACGGGAUCCAGUUCUGGUGAGCUGUGAGUCGGCGCCCUGUACUGUGGUGCAGUGUGAGCUGCAGGAGAUGGCGCGCGGGCAACGGGCCAUGGUCACGGUGCUGGCCCUGCUGUCGCUGCCCAGCCUCCGCCAGAGGCCGCUGGAUCUGUUUGUGCUGCAGUCACACGCUUGGUUCAAUGUCUCUUCCCUUCCCUACGCGGUGCCUGCGCUCAGCCUGCCCAGUGGAGAAGCCCUGGUGCAGACACAGUUGUUUCGGGCUCUGGAGGAGCGGGCCAUUCCCAUCUGGUGGGUGCUGGUGGGAGCUCUGGGUGGCCUGCUGCUGCUCACCCUUCUGGUCCUGGCCAUGUGGAAGGUUGGCUUCUUCAAGCGAAAUCGGCCACCCCUGGAAGAAGACGAAGAGGAGGAGUGAAGCCCAGUCGGGGACUGUUCUGGCCGAGGGUGGUAUCUGCUUUGCCCGCUCAUCUCCAACAUGCACCCUUGCUCUGACCUCUAUGGGUUGGAGCUGUUCCAUGGUGGUCUUUGGUGUCCCUCCUCUUCCAACAGAGCAGGGUCAGCCCUUUCAUGCUGCCUAAUAAAGACACU